GUGUAACAUUGAGUGGUGCAACAUCGAAAAAGGUCUUGGAAAAGUCUGCAUUAGAAAUGGCUAUUCGACCGCUUUCCAAAGAAUUGCAAGCGAAAGCAAUCGCUGAAUUAAAUGAAGAUCCUAAAAGGAUUCAAGACGAUAUUAACAUAAUUAAAGAAUGGCUUAAGCAACAAAGGCAUCUUAAUCCAAUAAUGGAUGAUCAAUUUAUUUUAACUUUCUUAAGAGGAUGUAAAUUUAGUUUAGAAAAAACUAAAAAUAAAUUUGAAAACCUUUACACGAUGAGGACUUUAAUCCCGGAAUUUUUUGACAAUAGGGAUCCUUUCUUACCUGAACUUCAAGCACUUCUAAAAUUGGGAGUUAUUCUUCCGUUAAAACCAGCUGGUCCAGAUAGUCCCAGAUAUCUUUUAUUCAGAUUUUUUGUGGCAGACCCGGCUGUUCAUAAAAUGAAAAAUUUAUUCAAAUUGAAUAUGAUGAUUGCUGACACUUUGUUGCACGAAGAUGAUCAAAUAACUGUUGGUGGAAUGGUUGGAUUUCAAGAUGCUAGCGGUAUAACUAUGUCUUUUUUGACACAUAUGGAUUUGACAAUCAUGAAGAAAGCAAUGAUGUUCUUUGAAGGAGCCUUUCCUCAACGUCCAAAAGUUAUGCACGUUUUCAAUCCACCUUCAGUUUUCGACACUAUGUAUAAUAUGAUGAAACCUUUUAUGAAGGACAAAAUGCAAAGAAGGAUGCUGAUGCAUAGAACAUCCAAUCUUGAAGAAAUGUAUAAUCAUGUUCCAAAAUCAAUUCUUCCAACUGAAUAUGGUGGUGAUGCUGGUCCAAUACAAAAUUUAAUUGAUGAGUGGAAAACUAAAAUUGAGAGUAGAGCUGCGUGGUUUAAAGAUGAUGAGAAAUACAGAUCGGAUGAAUCGAAACGAGUUGGAAAACCAAAAACCGAGUCUGAUCUUUUUGGUAUUGAAGGAUCGUUUAGAAAAUUAAACUUUCACGUGGGCGCGAAUUUCUUCACAAUACUUAGGCCCCAAUGGGCCCUUUGUAAAUCCCCACAAUUAACAAUUCAUUCAAGGGACAGAAAACCAGCUCAAUGUUUUAAUGAUCCUUAUACCCGAAAUUUGGGGCCAAGUGCUUUAGAAGGUGUCAUUCAUUUCAGAAUAGACUUACAUAACAAAAUGUCCGUUCGACCUCUUUGUCCAGAACUUCAAGCUAAAGCUAUCGCUGAGCUUAACGAGGACCCAAAGCGAAUCGAUGAUGAUAUUCAAGCUCUUCAAGAUUGGUUGGAAAAACAACGACACUUAACACCAAGAAUGGAUAAACAAUUUUUAUUGACAUUUCUUCGCGGUUGUAAAUUCAGCUUGGAAAAGGCUAAAAGAAAAUUAGAAAAUUUAUACACCAUGAGAACGAUGCUUCGCGAAUUUUUUGAUCAUAGAGAUCCUUUCGCACCAGAAAUACAAGCAAUUUUAAAAGCGGGACUUUUUCUUCCAUUUGUUAAAACUGAAGGACCCGAUUCUCCUCGAGUUUGUCUUAUGAGACAAGGAGAUCCAGCUAUUUAUAAAAUGAAAGAUGUUUUCAAAGUUAACAUAAUGAUAUCUGAUAUUUUAAUGAAUGAAGACGAUCAAAUAUUAAUUGGUGGUAUGGUUGCUUUACAAGACAUGGAGGGCUCAGGAAAAUUUGGAAUGUCUCAUAUAGAUUUCCCUCUUAUGAAAAAAGCAAUGACAUUUUUUGAUGGCGCUUAUCCCCAAAGGCCGAAAGUUAUGCAUUUUAUCAACAUCCCAUCGAUUUUCGAUACCAUUUAUAAUAUGGUGAAACCCUUUUUCAAAGAAAAAAUGAUAAAAAGAUUCGUCUUUCAUAAAACAACUAAAAUGGAUGAAAUUUACAAACAAAUUCCAAAAUCAAUUUUACCAACUGAAUAUGGGGGCGAUGCAGGUCCUAUUCAAGAUUUAAUCGAUCAUUGGAAAGCAAAAGUGGAAAGUUAUGCCGAAUGGUUCAAAGAAGACGAAAAGUACAAAUCUGAUGAAUCGAAGAGAAUUGGAAGACCAAAAACUGAAAGUGACUUAUUUGGAAUUGAAGGCUCCUUUAGAAAAUUAAACGUUGAUUAACUUUUUAUUAACUUAAUAAAUCAAAUUCUUGAAAU